GCAUGCUGGAUCACAUGACUCGCUGUUGAGCGCCUUCAUUCUGCUCUGAGGGACGUAACCGCGCGUCCUGCGGGAGAAACUCCGAAACUCACGCACUGCGCUGUCAGUGUCGCGUUUUCUUCUCUUCCAGGGUCUCGGAUAAGUGACGCUCAGCUGGUUGUGCUCGGGGACUUCCCCGCAGAAGCGAUCAAACAUGCCGGUCCGUACCGACUGCUGUCAGGGCUCGUCGUUGGCCUGCAUGGCCUCGGCCUCUCUCGUUCCGCCCCCGCCGAUCAAUACCCAUCAGCCCGGCGUCAACACCUCUCUACUCUACAGCGGCUCCCAGUUCCGCGGGCACCAGAAGAGCAAAGGAAACUCCUAUGAUGUCGAGGUGGUUCUGCAGCAUGUGACCAUGGAGGACUCGUACCUGUGUGGAUAUCUCAAGAUCAAAGGUCUGACAGAGGAAUAUCCCACCCUUACUACAUUCUUUGCUGGGGAGAUCAUAAGCAAGAAAAGGCCUUUUUUAACCAGGAAAUGGGAUGCAGAUGAGGAUGUUGACCGAAAACACUGGGGGAAGUUUCAAGCAUUUUAUCAGUACGCAAAAAGCUUUAAUUCAGACGAUUUCGACUAUGAAGAACUAAAGAACAGUGACUAUGUCUUCAUGCGGUGGAAGGAGCAGUUCCUAGUUCCAGAUCACACAAUCAAAGACAUCAGCGGUGCUUCCUUCGCUGGCUUCUACUACAUCUGUUUCCAGAAGUCUACAGCCACCAUAGAGGGUUACUACUACCACAGAAGCUCUGAAUGGUAUCAGUCUUUGAACCUCACACACGUCCCUGAACACAGCGCACCCAUCUAUGAGUUCCGGUGACACUGAAGUCCUCGCGUCACAGCAAGAGGGUGAAUCUGCAGUGGACAGAGGAAAUGGACAUGAGUGAAAGAGAGGAACUGUCUAAUGAUUACGCCAAGGACUCGGCUGUCCUCUCCCCUCAAAGAACGAUUAAAAUGGAGGUACAGAUGAUGGAGAACUCUUUCAAGAGACUGUACACAGGCCGAUCAAGCGAGCGGGAAUCGGGGAUUCGCAGCAGUGUUAGCGUUUUGGUUUUUCCUUUUAAGUUUCUGAGUUUUUAAUGCUUCUGUCCUCCGGUCAUCUUAGAAAACCAUUUUUAUCCUUAAGGUUUGGGGAUUAAAAUCACAGUUUUUCUGGAUGGAAGAGCCAAUUGUGAUACUUUUUUUUUUUUUUUUUUUUUUGCCUUGUAAUUUGAUAAAACAGCAUGGCCAAUCUAGAAAUUUUGAAAUUUGUUUUAAUUUAUUUUUAAUCAUUCUGUGAUGAAAAGACUGUAAAUGACUGUGGCCGUGUAUACAGACACUGGUGACGUCUUUUACAGACGUAUCAAAGAUUCAGUGUGCGAUAUGAUGGAUACAGAGAGUUGCUAUUGUCUGUGGCUUGCUUGGCCCUCGGACGUUUUUUAUUAACGUAAGGUGUAUCAUCAAAAGUCACAUAUAUAACAGCUGGGUCUUUUGCUUCUACAUGUGAUAUAUUUUUUAUUAUGAAGUGAAAUGGAGUCAGGUGUUUUGGCAAGAGGUAUAUAUUAUCCCAUGGUGGUCAAGCUAUUUGUAGAGCUGCUUUGGAUGAAACAUUUCUGAUUUAAAAAAAAAAAAAAAAAAAAAUCUGUUGGUAGUUUUACGCUCCUUGUUUUGCUAUGCAACCUGAAAAAUCUCAGCUUGUAAGAAUCUCAAGUAAAUGGAGGCUUGUUUUUGCCACAGAAUAAAAAAAAAGAAAAGAAAAUAGGUAAUUGUGACUUUUUAAUCACACAGUUCCAACUUUAUUUCUCGUAAUUCUUGGAAUUUUUAUUUAACACCUUGUUGUUACAUAUUUUUAAAUCAGAAUUGCAGUAUACCUGCGAUUUCUGGAAAAAAAAGUCAGAAUUCUGAGUUUACAUCUCGCAAUUCUAACUUUUUCUCAGAAUUCUGAGUUAAAGUCAGAAUUGUGAGAUAUAAACUCACAAAAGUGAGCAAAAGGUCAGAAUCAUGAGAUGUAAACUCAGAAUUCUGCUAAAAAAAGUUGGAAUUGCAAGAUGUAAACUCAGAAUUCCGCAAAAAUAAGUCAGAAUUGCGAGAUGUAAACAAAAUUGCAAGAGAAACUCAGAAUUCUGGUAUUUUGGUAAAGGGGAAAAAAAGUCAGAAUUGUGCGAUAUAAACUCAGAAUUCCAGUAUUCUGAUUAAAAAAAAAAAACGUAGAAUUCCGCAAAAAUAAGUCUGUAAUUUUCAAAAGUCGCAGUUUCCUUUUUAUUGUUUUAAGGCAGAAACAGGCUUCCAUGCAAGUAUCUUCUCACUUGUUCACUUUAAUAUUCACAGCUCAGAGAGUAUUGAUUGGUUUUUGCACCAGUGUCACGCGGCGUGUCGAAGCGCAAGGCCGGAGAUGCACAGACGUUGCUUUCAGUCCAUGAUGGAUAAGCAAGUGUUUUUAUUGGAAGGCUCAGGAAGAUUUUUAAAAUCAAACAGUCCAGAUGAUGGACAACACUGUUCUUUUAAACCACCCAUCAGCCUCGACUCGUUUUUGUUGGCCGUGAUCUGCAUCUUUUACAGUCUAGCAAUGCACAAAAUAUAACGGCUGAGGCUUUAAGGAAGCCUCUCGUGAGGUGUUGGAAGUUUAGGAGAAACAUUUAUGAUACAAUACCCAUGUGUGUCCAUUUAAGCUUUAGUCAAACCCUUUGCCUUAAAAGUCAGAGAUUUGUCUAUGAAACCACUUUUAUAAGCAUUAGUUUAAGCUCUGUACAGACAGAAAGACUUAUACGAAUGUGUGUUCAGGUUAUGAAAGUGUUUGAGGAGUUUGAAAAGAAAGAUUGCUGUACCUCAUCCACCAAAACCUCCUUUUUAAUUGUAGAAUAGUGAGUAUUUAACAACAGGUUCACACCACAUUUCAACCUAGCUAUGUUGUUGUACAUACAAAGUAAGACUAUAUAUAUAUAUAUAGGCUCAUCACAUGCCCAAAUCCAACUAUUAAUGCACAUUAUUUUCCAUGCAAAAUACCUAAAACACACCCAAUAAUUGGCAUUUUUUCCUAUUUUAUUUAUUUUGUUGUCCUUAACAAAAGCAGAAACGUGGUUUCAGAAAGAUGUUUAUGAAAAUGUGGGAUGUUUUGUUUGUUGCACCUAAUAAUCUGCUGCCUGAAGGUCAAAAUUUAUUUAAAUAAAUGCUAAGAAAAUGAAAGGCCACUGCACAUGCUGUUACAGUACAAAUGUACAUAAUAGGGCUGUUUGUGGUGUACACAAAUGAUUUAAUUCUCUACAAUAAUGAGUGAUCUUUUUAUUGGCACAAAAGGAUAAGAAAAUAAAGACUAUUGAACACA